CGUUGCUUUGGGCAUUCGAAGGCUCAUUUAGUUUUUGUGUGCUGUGUGAAGUGGACGUCAACAAAGUAGAAGAAAACAAAAAACAGGCAAUAUGUCAUUCCUGGUGGUUCUGCUCAUUCUCUACAUCAUAUGGGAUGUUAACUAUUUCAUUCGGUGCAUUUUCACAGUCUUGGCUGGUCGUCUAUUCCAGAGUAAGCGCAAGGUCACUGAUACCACAACCAUCUACGGUCUGUGCACUUCACAGGAUGUAGAUAUUUUCAUUCGCCACAUGAAUAACGCCCGUUAUCUGCGUGAGCUAGACUUUGCCCGCUUCCAUUUUUAUGCGCUCACAGGUCUCUACGAAAAAGUACGUCAGCGUAAAGGCGGCGCUGUACAAGGUGCAUCGAGCGUUCGCUAUCGUCGCACCAUACCCAUUUUCAAUGCAUACAAAAUCCAGACGAAACUUAUUUGGUGGGAUGAGAAGGCUAUUUAUUUGGAACAGUCAUUUGUGACAUUAUCGGAUGGCUUCGUACGCGCUGUGGCACUAUCCAAACAAUGCAUCACCAAUUGUGAUGUCACAGAGUUGAUGGAAACCUUUCCCGAAGCCACAACCCGACCGGAUAUGCCAGCGGAUCUGAAGCUGUGGUUAGACUCGAUCGAAGUAUCUAGUCAAAAGCUGCGCAAGGAAAAGUGAAUGUUAAGUGGACUAUAAGUUAGCUUACAUUUAUUUUAGAUUAUGUGCAUAUACUCAUAUACACAAUACACUCAUACACAAUAUAGGUGAAACAUUUUUAUUUUUAUUAUUUUUACUUAAAUAUGUACUUCUGUACAGUGUCGUGCACAUUUAAAGAAUAGUGGUGCUGUAAUAAAAUUUAAGAGACUCAAAGUUCAAAGGCA